UUUUUUUUUUUUGCGUAAACUAACUAAAGUAUUGCAAAACAAUAAACGUUUCAUUUAAAAGGAAUAAGAAAGAAAUCUUUUUAAAACGUUUUAUCCUUUCCUCGUUAUAAGGAAUUUUUAUUACAUUUAUACAUGUACACAUCCAUCACAAGUAUAGGUAUUCUUGGAAAGUAAGAGCAAGAAUACAGAAGAUGAUGCAACAAGGGUCGGAUUUAGUGUUUUUUACGCUUUCAAUGAAAACAUAAUAGUGAGAAAGAUAAUACCCUGCCAUUAUGUAUGUGCGUAUCUUUAUAAAAUGUACAAGUUUAUACAAGUUUUCAUAAAAAUCAUUCAUCACUACUAAAUGUAUAUAUGUUUCCAUAGAAAUGGUUUGUCAUCAUAUGAGGUGUGUGACGUGUAAUCGACAUAUUGGAAACUGAUAAAAGAAUUGUUUAAAAUUCACCCUUUAGUUCAAACGAUAUGAAGCUUUCCUUCCAUUAGAAAAGUAGUCGCUGAUACUAAUUUAAAAUUUACAAAAUUUUUUUCUAAACUAAAAAAUUAUUCAAUCUUUUCGUGUCAGAUUUAUGUGAAGCAAUUGAGGUUCCUCAACAUACAAACAUGCUUCGAAUUGCGAUAUUACGGGGAGGAGUUGCGAAAAAGUUGACAAUCAAAAACCCAUUAUUUAACGGCGUGAUGAAUAAUAGAGUUUGUUCGGCCAGACAUUACAAUUCAAAAAACACUACGCGUGUGGAUUUGGCCGAUAUAAGGAAAAAUUAUGUGAUCGUUGAGCACAGCUUUGAUGCGAUUGUCGUUGGUGCUGGCGGUGCGGGAUUACGAGCUGCUAUUGGUUUGGCGGCGAAAGGUUUUAAAACUGCUAUAAUUUGCAAACAAUAUCCAACGCGGGCUCACACUGUCGCUGCCCAGGGAGGUAUAAACGCGGCCCUAGGCAAUAUGGAGGAAGACCAUUGGGAAUGGCAUUUUUAUGACACGGUUAAAGGAUCUGAUUGGCUAGGCGAUCAAGAUGCUAUUCAUUUUAUGUGCCGUGAGGCGCCUAAGGCGGUUUAUGAGCUUGAGAAUUUCGGAUUGCCUUUCUCUCGUACGCCUGAGGGUACAAUUUAUCAACGUGCCUUCGGUGGGGCAACUCUUAAUUGCGGCAAAGGCGGACCGGCCCACAGAUGUUGUUCCGCAAAAGAUGCAACCGGUCAUGCAAUGCUUCACUGCCUUUAUGGUCAGUCUCUUGCCUAUAAAAAUUUGCAAUUUUUCAGCGAACAUUUUGCGUUUGAACUGCUGUUCCAAGAUUGUAAAUGUGUUGGUGUUUUGGCCUGGAAUCUCGAAAGUGGGAAUUUGUGUCGAUUUCGGGCCGCUAAUACCGUUAUAGCCACAGGCGGGUGUGGUCGCAUGUACUUUUCAACUACGGACGGUCACUGCUGUACCGGCGAUGGUACUGCAAUGGUAGCCCGUAAGGGAUUACCUUUGCAAGAUAUGGAAUUUGUGCAGUUUCAUCCAACGGGAAUGUACGGAACUGGUUGUUUGAUCACAGAGGGUGUACGCGCUGAAGGUGGUUUCUUCACUAAUGCUAAGGGUGAACGGUUUAUGGAGCGUUAUGCCCCGAAAUUAAAGGAUCUAGCUACGAGGGAUGUUGUCGCUCGCGCCAUGUCCAUGGAAGUCAUUACAGGAAAUGGUUGCGGACCCAAAAAGGAUCACAUACACUUACACUUGCAUCACUUGCCGAAAGAGAUUAUCAAGGCACGUUUGCCAGGAAUUCAAAACACAGCUCUUAUAUUUGCAAAUAUUGACGUUACCAAGGAACCUAUACCUGUACUGCCUACUGUCCAUUACAAUAUGGGUGGUAUACCGACAAACUACAAAGGUCAAGUCUUAACAAUGAUCGAUGAAGGAAAAGAUAAAAUUGUACCCGGUUUAUAUGCUUGCGGCGAAUGUGCAUGCGCUUCAGUACAUGGAGCAAAUCGCUUAGGUGCUAAUUCAUUGCUCGACAUAAUCGUAUUUGGCAAAGCUUGUGCAGAAUGCAUAGCUAGCUGCAAUACACCAGGUAGACCGAUACCACCGUUAGAUGAAAACACUGGUAUGCGCGGUCUUGUCUAUUUGCAUAAUCUGCGCAACUCUGCUGGUAAAACGAAUCCGGCUGAACUGCGCUUGAAACUGCAGAGCACAAUGACAAAGCAUGCCGCCGUCUUGCGCGAUGGUAAACUUCUAAAGGAGGGCAUCGAACUUGUAAAGGGAAUCUUGCAAGAAUUUAAUAACGUCAAAGUUACCGACAAAAGCAUGGUUUGGAAUUCAGAUCUGAUGGAAAUCAUUGAGCUACACAAUCUAAUAAUUAACGCUUUGCUUACUGUCAGUUCGAUGGAACAUCGCAAGGAAUCGCGAGGUGCUCAUGCGCGUGAAGAUUUCAAAACUCGUAUCGAUGAAUACGAUUACUCCAAAGAUAUUAAGGAACAAACAAAGAAACCCUUAGAUGAACACUGGCGUAAACAUAUUCUCAUCUGGGGUGAAAUGGAUGGUAAAACGUCCUUCAAAUACAGACCUAUUAUCGAUCACGUCUUAGACAAUUCAACUAAUUCAAUACCGCCUUCACCGAGAACUUAUUAAUUAAUAUUGCAUAAUUUUAGAGUUAUGUUACAGUUGUUGCUGUUAAUAAUAUUAAUAUUAAAUAAAUUGUAGUUGUCGUCUUAACGACAAUACGAUUACGUUGCAUACUUCGUAUAAUAG